CCUUAUUAAUAUGAAAUGCUUGGCACACUUCAGAUCCAGAGAGAGAGAGGGUCUCACCAUGUACCUUCGGCUGGCCUAUGUAGAUGUACUGGCCUUGAACUCAAGAAAUUACCAGCUUUUGCUUCGAGAUUGCUGGGAUUUAAAGGUGUAGGUGAGAGAGUGCUGUGCUUUCAUGGGCCUCUUCUCUAUGAAGCAAAGUGUGUAAAGGUUGCCAUAAAGGACAAACAAGUGAAAUACUUUAUCCAUUACAGUGGUUGGAAUAAAAAAAGUGCUGUGAGGCCCAGGCGCUCUGAAAAAUCUUUGAAGACACGUGAGGAUAUUGUAGCCCUUUUUCCUGUUCCUGAAGGAGCUCCCUCAGUACACCACCCCCUCCUGACCUCUAGUUGGGAUGAAUGGGUUCCAGAAAGCCGAGUCCUCAAAUAUGUGGACACCAAUUUGCAGAAACAGCGAGAGCUUCAAAAGGCCAAUCAGGAACAGUAUGCAGAGGGCAAGAUGAGAGGGGCUGCUCCGGGAAAGAAGACAUCUGGUCUGCAACAGAAAAAUGUUGAAGUGAAAACAAAAAAGACCAAGCAGAAAACACCCGGAAAUGGAGAUGGUGGCAGUACCAGUGAGACACCUCAGCCUCCUAGGAAGAAAAGAGCCCGGGUAGAUCCAACUGUUGAAAAUGAAGAAACAUUCAUGAACAGAGUUGAAGUUAAAGUAAAGAUCCCGGAAGAGCUGAAACCAUGGCUUGUGGAUGACUGGGACUUGAUCACCAGACAAAAACAGCUUUUUUAUCUUCCUGCCAAGAAGAAUGUGGAUUCCAUUUUGGAGGAUUAUGCAAACUAUAAGAAAUCUCGAGGAAAUACAGAUAAUAAGGAGUAUGCUGUUAAUGAGGUUGUGGCAGGGAUAAAGGAGUACUUCAAUGUAAUGCUGGGCACUCAGCUACUCUACAAAUUUGAGAGACCACAGUAUGCUGAGAUUCUUGCAGAUCACCCUGAUGCACCCAUGUCCCAGGUGUAUGGAGCACCACAUUUACUGAGAUUAUUUGUGCGAAUUGGAGCGAUGUUGGCCUAUACACCUCUAGAUGAGAAAAGCCUUGCUUUAUUACUGAACUAUCUACAUGAUUUCCUCAAGUACCUGGCGAAGAAUUCUGCAACUUUGUUCAGUGCCAGUGAUUAUGAAGUGGCUCCUCCUGAGUACCAUCGGAAAGCCGUGUGAGGGGCGUGCUCACGCUCUCUCUCUCUCUCUCUCUCUCACUCGUGCUUGGAUCUCUGUAAACAGUUUGAUUCUUAGUCCUUCUCUUGUACAAAUGCUGUACUUUGAAGACCAUUAGUGUAUAACAAUUGAUGUUUGUUUUCUGUUUGAUUUAAACAGAGAAAAUAAAAGGAGUCAGUGCUCCUUUUCUUCUUUCUUUUCA